UGCCAUCAUCACCACUACUACUUUCUCUUCCCAAACAUCCCCGGACAUUAUGACAUGGACUUCUUUCCCCCAGUGACAUCAUCGACCGUUCGGACACGGAGUCGCUGGCGUCAGACAGCGACGACAGCGGCGUCAGCAACGACUCGACCGUCUGUCGUCAGCGUCACGUCAGCCACAUAUCGCGCCCUCGACGCCUAGCGGCGGACCCGAGCUUCAAGUGGAUCGACCCGUCCGUGAUGGCCAAGAUCCGGUCCGUGGGCACAACCGUGAUCUUCUUCGGGCCGCGCCCCCACUCCCGGCUCGCAGGACGGCGCGCUCGCCAAGGGCGCCUCUCCACCCGAGCGGCCUGCAGCCUUCGGGGGCUCUCCUCGGCCUCGAAGGGAAGCCUCGCGGGGACCCUCGUGCACUUCGACGACAUCACCAGAUCAGUGGCUGCAGCCCCUCGCAUCGUGGGCGUGGUGAGGAAACGCACGCCGAGCAGCAGCAGCACGGGCGGGUCGGGCCACCCUACGCCCACGCCGACGCCCACGCCCUCGGAGCUCCUCUCAGAUGACUCGCGCGCCUCGUCACCAGGAGGGAGGAGCAGCGAGGAGGCGCCCGGGGGCAAGGCAGGGCGAUGGCGCGCCGAGGGGGACAACACCGUCGUCUAUGACUUCACCCGCAGCCACGCCCAGCCAGGGUGUGUUUGAUUCAUCCUCCGGUCGCCCGCUCCGUAUAUUCGGGCCAGCUGUGACUUAAAACUUGCCCUUGAGCUGUGACCAACCACCUGGCGAGAUGGCCGAUCCGCCGGCAGCACUAGCGAUGCGGAGUAUGGUAGCCUUCCGCAGUAUGUGAGAGUAGUCCACACUUGCGUUCUGUACUAAGUGUUGUAAAGGUAUAUCGUACACACGUGUACAUACACAUAAAGCAAAAAAAAUACCCCCCCCCCUCGCCACAUCCGUAAACACACACCACCGCUUCCCCCCCCCCCUCA